AUGAUAGGCCCGUCCGUCUUGCGGCCGGUGCUGGUCGCUGCUAGCGGCGUCUCGUCGAGGGCGAGCCCCCGAGUUGCAUCCUCGCGCAUUUUAGUCCUGCCGCCAAUCGCCGGCCUCGCCGUUGCAUGUCAGCGACACUGGCACAGCACCCACGUCAGGAAGCCUGUCGUCUUACCCGCCGCCGGCUUCAAGCGCGAGGGCGGUCAGCCUGCAGCAUCGCGCAUCAUCCCGACGACUGCUUAUUCGACGGUUGUUGAGCCGCCUUCAACUCCCUACUCUGCGCUCACCGUGGGGGUGCCCCGUGAAACGUUCGCAAAUGAGCGCCGGGUCGCCCUGACCCCUCAGAAUGUUGCCCUCUUGAGAAAGAAGGGCGUUGCAAAGAUCAUUGUUGAACGUGGGGCCGGCGCCCAAGCUGACUUCCCUGACGAUGCCUAUGAGAAGGCGGGCGCGACCUUGGUCGAUGCCGGUGGUGUCUGGUCCGCUGCGGACAUUGUGUUGAAAGUGCGUGGCCCAAAUGUUGCUGAAAUCGAUCGCCUCAAGCCAGGCGCAACUGUCAUCUCGUUCCUGCAACCGGCUCAGAACAGAGACCUGGUUGAGCGUUUGGCUGCACGCAAGGUGACGGCUUUCGCUAUGGACAUGAUCCCUCGCAUCUCUCGGGCCCAGGUGUUUGAUGCUCUCAGCUCAAUGGCGAACAUUGCUGGUUACAAAGCUGUACUGGAGGCAUCCAACAACUUCGGGCGCUUCCUGACUGGACAGGUCACUGCCGCGGGCAAGAUCCCGCCAUGCAAGGUUCUCGUCAUUGGUGCCGGUGUAGCUGGCCUGAGUGCUAUUGCCACUGCGCGCAGGAUGGGUGCAAUCGUUCGAGGCUUCGAUACACGAGCCGCUGCUCGCGAGCAGGUCCAGUCCUUGGGAGCCGAGUUCAUCGAGGUCGAGAUCCAAGAAGACGGCUCUGGUACGGGAGGUUAUGCCAAGGAAAUGUCACCGGAAUUCAUUGCUGCCGAGAUGAAGCUCUUCACGGAGCAGGCUCGCGACGUUGAUAUUAUUAUUACAACUGCCUUGAUCCCAGGAAGGCCAGCCCCUAAGCUGAUCACCAAGUCUAUGGUCGAGAUAAUGAAGCCGGGCUCUGUGAUCGUCGAUCUGGCGGCCGAAGCCGGCGGCAAUUGUGAGAAAACUGAGCCUGGGAAACUCGUCACAUAUAAUGAUGUCAAAAUUAUUGGUUACACGGAUCUGCCAUCUAGACUUCCGACUCAAUCAUCCACGCUGUAUUCCAACAAUAUCGUCAAGUUUCUCUUGUCUAUGGCACCGAAGGAGAAAUCCUACGGCAUCGACCUUUCAGACGAAGUGGUCCGCGGGGCAAUUGUGGUCUUGAACGGCGAUGUAUUGCCUGCAGCCCCACGUCCAGCGCCUCCACCCGCUCCAGCCGCGAAGCCGAAGCCCCAGGUAGAAGAGGUCAAAGCCCUGACCCCGUUCCAGAAGACUACGCGAGAAGUCGCUGGUGUUACUGCUGGAAUGGGAGGCGUCCUGGCUCUGGGAAAGAUCACCGGCCCGUUGUUCAUGGGUAACGCUUUCACUUUUGCCUUGGCAUCUCUCAUCGGUUAUCGUGUAGUCUGGGGCGUAACACCUGCUCUACACUCUCCCCUCAUGAGCGUCACCAAUGCUAUAUCUGGAAUGGUUGGCAUCGGUGGUUUGUUUGUGAUGGGCGGUGGAUACCUGCCGGAGACUUUUCCCCAGUUCCUCGGGGCCGCAUCGGUUUUACUAGCAUUUGUCAACGUGUCGGGAGGUUUCGUCAUCACCAAGCGUAUGCUAGACAUGUUCAAGCGGCCAACCGACCCGCCCGAGUAUCCAUGGCUAUAUGCUGUUCCGGCGGCUGUUUUUGGCGGCGGGUUUCUCGCGGCCGCAUCAACCGGUGCAGCUGGUCUCAUCCAGGCUGGGUACCUUGUCAGCUCAGUGCUUUGCAUCAGCUCGCUUUCUGGGUUGGCAUCGCAAGCGACAGCCCGCAUGGGCAAUUUACUGGGAAUACUUGGUGUCAGUUCCGGUAUUCUUGCCUCUUUACUGGCAGUCGGCUUCUCUCCUGAGGUUCUGACCCAGUUCGGCGGACUCGCAGCCAUUGGCGGUCUGAUCGGGUUUCUCAUCGGGAAGCGUAUCAUGCCCACUGAUCUUCCGCAGACAGUAGCAGCACUUCACUCAGUCGUUGGCCUUGCUGCCGUGCUUACCAGUAUUGGCAGCGUGAUGGGCGACCUUUCCCAUAUCACCACUCUACAUCUGGUGACAGCCUAUCUCGGUGUGCUCAUCGGAGGUAUUACCUUCACUGGUUCCAUCGUUGCGUUCAUGAAGUUAGCAGGAAAGAUGUCUUCUCGUCCCCUUCAACUCCCUGGCCGCCAUUUGAUCAACUCUGGAAUGCUAGCAACCAACUUUGCUACCAUGGGCGCGUUCGUGACAAUGGCACCGGGCUCGCCUAUGAUAGCGGCGGCCGCGCUCAGUGCGAACACUAUCCUCUCAUUUGCAAAGGGCUUCACCACGACAGCUGGGAUCGGUGGUGCCGACAUGCCAGUGGUUAUCACCGUGCUCAACGCUUACAGUGGUUUUGCUCUCGUGGCAGAAGGGUUUAUGUCUCUGACGAAUGUGCUCUUUGGCGGCAUAUCAGCACCCACGGCCACUGAAUACAAGGUCGAAGGGUCGAUAACACAGACAAAUAUUGAUGAUACGGCGGAGGCUCUCACCAAUGCGGAAAGCGUGAUCAUCAUUGUCGGCUACGGCAUGGCAGUGGCGAAAGCACAAUACGCUAUCAGCGAGAUAACCAACAUGUUACGAUCCAAGAACAUCAACGUCCGCUUCGCCAUCCACCCGGUAGCUGGUCGAAUGCCGGGUCAAUGCAAUGUCUUGUUGGCCGAGGCAAGUGUUCCAUACGACAUUGUGCUCGAGAUGGACGAGAUCAAUGACGACUUUCCUGAUACCGACUUGGUGCUCGUGAUUGGGGCCAACGACACCGUCAAUCCUAUUGCGCUUGAGCCUGGCAGCCCCAUCGCAGGCAUGCCAGUACUGCAUGCGUGGAAGUCAAAGCAAGUGAUUGUGAUGAAGAGAGGAAUGGCCUCUGGUUACGCCGAUGUUCCCAAUCCCAUGUUUUACAUGCCUGGAACGAAGAUGUUAUUCGGCGAUGCUAAAACAACAUGCGAUGCCAUCAAAUCAGCAAUUGAGUCACGAAUCUAG